AUUAUCAAACGACAAAGAAGAGAUUGCAAGAGGAAGGACUCGCUGACCAACCUGCUGCAAAGUUCAGUGUCGCUCCACAGCAAUGGCGUUUUUGUGCAGAAACGCAGGAUUAGUCCUGAGGUCCUCCAGAGCAGCGCCGGCUCUGCUGUCGGCUGCCCGCCUCUACAGCUCAGGUGGUCAGUACGAGUAUAUUUUGGUGGAAAAGCGAGGCGUGCAGAAUAAUGUUGGCUUCAUUCAGCUGAAUCGACCCAAAGCUCUCAAUGCUCUCUGUGACGGCCUGAUGAGGGAGGUGGGGAAGGCACUGGACGCCUUUGAGGACGAUCCACACAUUGGAGCUGUUGUCAUCACUGGCAGCGAGAGAGCCUUUGCUGCUGGAGCUGAUAUUAAAGAGAUGCAAAAUCGAACCUUUCAAGAAUGUUAUGGUGGGAACUUUCUGGCUCAUUGGAACAGAGUGUCCACAGUGAGAAAGCCUGUAAUCGCAGCUGUUAAUGGAUUUGCUCUGGGUGGAGGCUGUGAGCUGGCCAUGAUGUGUGACAUCAUUUAUGCUGGAGAGAAUGCCCAGUUUGGACAACCAGAAAUCCUGCUGGGGACCAUUCCUGGAGCGGGUGGCACCCAGCGCCUGACUCGGGCUGUUGGCAAAUCCUUGGCAAUGGAAAUGGUACUAACAGGAGACAGGAUUAACGCUCAGGAGGCCAAGCAGUCAGGUUUGGUGAGUAAGGUUUAUCCAGUGGACCAGCUUGUGUCUCAGGCUGUUCAAUGUGGAGAGAAAAUUGCAAUAAAUUCCAAACUGGUCUCGGCCAUGGCUAAAGAAGCUGUAAAUGCAGCUUUCGAACUGACUCUGGCUGAAGGGAAUCGCUUGGAAAAGCGUUUGUUCCACGCUACCUUUGCAACGGAUGACCGUAAGGAGGGCAUGACAGCAUUUGUGGAGAAAAGAAAAGCCAAUUUUAAGGAUCAGUAGAUAAGAAAAAAAUCACCAAUAAUCAGGAGGUUUCUGGUAUAAAUUGAUCUCUCCCUCACUAACGGUGCAUUGUGUGGCACUAUAAUGUGGCAGAGCAAACAGGCGAAAUAAUGAGGUGUAGCUGAAAAUCACAGCCUUUUGGGGCAGAGUGAUGAAAUGAAAUGCUGUCUUGCAUCAGGAGGUUGAAAUGUAAUGUGGAUUCCAUAAUUGUUUCAUAGUCUGUGUGUUCAGGAAGGAUAACGACAGAUGACUAGUUUGUUUUAAUUUUGCCUUUUCACUUUUCAAAUGUGUAUACCAUUUUGCAAAUAAAAAAACAAAAACCAAUCUAAACACUAA